AUGGAUAGUGAGAGACAAGCACUUCUCGAGUUCAAACAGGGACUCAUUGACGAAACAGAUCAUCUUGUUUCGUGGGUCGGUGAGGAUAGAAACUGUUGCAGAUGGACUGGGAUUGUUUGUGAUAAUAUCACUGGUCAUGUCCAUGGGAUUCAUCUACAGGGGGUUAUUUCUCCUGAUUUAUAUGGGGGAUAUUGUGACCGGCUGUUGGGAGGGAAUUUAAGUUCAUCCUUGCUGGUUCUGAAGCAACUCAGACAUCUAGACUUAAGUUGCAACGACUUUGGAGGGAUCCAAGUUCCGGAAUUCAUUGGUUCCCUUGGAAACUUGAGAUAUCUUAAUCUCUCACUUUCUAGAUUCAAUGGAAUUAUCCCUCCUCAAUUGGGGAAUCUUUCUCGAUUGCACGUCCUUAGUGUUGGAAGUUUUCAUGUACCAUAUCCAGACGAAGACAUACGCAUGCGCGUGAUGAAUAUGCAAUGGUUGUCAAGUCUUCGUUUGUUGCGUCACCUUGACAUGAGUAGUGUGAACCUUAGCAAAGCGAUCGAUUGGUUUCAGGUGAUCAACACCCUUCCUUCUUUGACCGAACUACAUUUAUCAUAUUGUGAUAUUAUUGAUAUACAUCCACAUGUCCGUAGUCUUAAUACCACAUCCCUUUCGUUGCUCGACCUUUCUAAUAAUGAUUUGAGUAGUUUCGUGCCACAAUGGGUAUUCAGUAUAACUAAUUUGAUUUCCUUGGAUUUUUCUUGGUGUAAUUUUCAUAGCCUUAUUCAUGACAAUAUCCAUAAAUUCCAUAACUUGACUUCUCUCAAGUCGCUUCACAUUUCUGGGAAUCGUUUCAUGAAUUCUUCAUUAGUAUUAAGUGGUCUGUCAAGUACGGUAGCUAGUAAUAUCGUGUCAUUAAAAAUUGGUUUUUGUGGUAUUACAAGUUCAGUUCUAAAUUCACUUCACAACUUAACCUCCCUUCGUAGCCUUGACCUGUCAACAAAUGAACUUACAAAGAGAAUACCUAAAUCAUUUGUUAAUAUUUGUAAUUUGAGAGAUAUCGAUUUGUCAUAUAACGAUUUUGGUAAUGUUAGUUUAAAUUAUCUUCUAGGAGAUUUUCUCGACUGUGAAUCACAUAUUGGUCGAUCUUUACCGUUAGAGGGGUUAGUUAUUACUCAAAGCAAUAUCUCUGGUACGAUUCCAGAUUUCAUUAAGCAGUUAACUUUUAUAAGGAGAUUAUUCAUAGACAAGAAUAGCAUUUCUGGUCCUAUUCCACACUGGAUUGGACUAUUAUCAUCGUUGGAGUAUUUAGAGCUGUCAGAUAACCGACUGGAUGGUCACCUUCCUGAUAGCCUUGGUAAUCUUUUGAAGUUAAGACAAUUAAGUUUUUCUAACAAUUUGCUGGAUGGAAGCCUUCCUGAUAGCCUUGGUAAUCUUUCCAAGUUAGAGCAGUUAGCUUUUGCUGACAAUCGGUUGUAUGGCAGCCUUCCUCAUAGCCUUGGUAGUCUUUCCAAGUUGCAAGAGUUAAGAUUAUCUAACAAUAGGCUGGAUGGCAACCUUCCUGAUAGCCUUGGUAAUCUUUCAGAGUUAGUAUGGUUAACUUUUUCUAACAAUUUGUUGACUGGUGUCGUAACAGAAGCCCACUUUGCCAAACUAGUUAGUUUGCAAUAUCUAGAUGGAAACGGUAACAACUUAACCCUACGACCACGACUUGCUAACUGGAUUCCCCCGUUCUGGUUGUCGUACUUGGAUUUAAGUUCAUGGAGUUUAGGGUCUCAAUUUCCACUGUGGUUGCAAUCACAGACAUAUUUAACAGAUUUGUCCUUAAGAAACACCGGGAUUUCUUUAGCCAUGGAUGUUUCAUUUUGGAAAUCAUUUCCUUAUCUAACGGUUUUAGAUAUGUCACAUAAUCAUAUUCAGGGAACGUUGUUAGAUUUCCCGAGAAUAGUUAAAGUACUAGACUUAAGUUUUAAUGAGCUUAGGGGGGAAUUACCUAUAUUGUUAAAUGCGUCAAUUCUACAGAUGUUGGAUCUCUCGAGUAAUUUCUUUGUGGGAUCAGUACAUCAUAUGUUGUGUUCCGAUAGUGUGAAAAAGUACGCAUAUCCUGUCGGAAGUGCUAUUAAUUUGGGAAACAAUCGUUUGUCGGGAGCCAUUCCUGAGUGCUGGGACAAAUGGCAGGGAUUGUUUUCUUUAAACUUGGAGAAUAAUCGUUUCUCAGGUCAGAUUCCAGGAACAUUGGGCUCUUUACGUCAGUUAAGAUCACUGAACAUGCGUGGGAACAAGCUCUCGGGAAGAAUACCUGCAUCUCUAAAGAAUUUGAAAGAAUUGAGAAUCCUUCAAAUUGGUAGGAAUGAACUUGUUGGAAGCAUUCCAAAAUGGUUGGGCAACCUCUCGGUUUUAAAAAUUCUCAACCUUAGAUCCAACAAUUUUGUCGGAAGGAUUCCCGAUGAGCUCUGUAAUCCUACACGUAUCCAAAUAUUAGAUCUUGCUGAUAAUGAUCUAUCUGGAAAUAUUCCAAGAUGUUUCAACAACUUUAGUGUCCUUUCCGGCAAAAAUUUACCAUUCGGUAAUAAAAUUUUUUACUAUUCUGCUGGUAGUCCCUCUAAAGUUGUUGUCGGUAGUGAUUCGUUGGUGAUGAAAGGACGAGAAGACACAUAUGACACUAUUCUUGGACUGGUGAUGCUGGUGGACCUUUCAAGUAACAAUCUUGUUGGGCCCAUUCCAAGUGAAUUAACGGCUUUGCGGGAGUUGAAGUCUUUGAACUUAUCAAGAAAUCAGUUGACUGGAAUGAUCCCCGAGAAGAUAGGAGACAUGAAAUCACUUGAAACUCUUGAUUUAUCACUGAACAAGCUUUCAGGGAAGCUUCCCUUGAGCCUGUCAAGCUUGACUUUUUUGGUUAGCUUCAAUGUGUCUUGGAAUCAAUUGACAGGAAGAAUUCCUUCAAGUACCCAACUUCAAAGCUUCAACGAGUCCAGCUUCUUUGGCAACAAACUUUGUGGAGAUCCACUCGUUGGUCGUUGUGUACCAACAAAAGAAUCUGAAGACAAUGCAUCACUUGGAGCAGAUUGGGGGUUGAUUAUAAGCAUUGUGGCUGGAUUAGUUGUUGGUUUCUGGCUCAUUGUGGCUCCUUUGAUGGUUAGCAAAGCCUGGAGAAACGCGUACUUCAGUUUCUUGAGUGAGCUGAGGUAUAUGGUUUACAAAGAUCAAAAGUUUCCUGCUGAUUGA